CCAGUCACAUAAAUGUCCCCACUCCAAGAGGAGAAUUCCAUGAAAGCGGCAUCAUGAAAUUGCAGACGGUGCACUUGCGACAAAGCUGUUGCACAGGAUCUGUUCCUUAUCCUAUUCUAUUCCUCCCGAAUAUCAGAUUAAUCGAUCAUUCGACGAAUUAGUGAAGCUAGCACAGAUUCUCUACAAGUUCUGUAAAGGCAUCCGUAAUGUGGCGACAAUAUGUUGCAGCAUCAUUCAGUGAGUUCAAGAAUUCAUGGAAUAUUGUUAUAUUCACUAUGCGUUGACUAACACAGACUGGAAUAAUUUAUAUCCAAAAAAUCACAGUGAACAUCUUAGCAGUCUCAGCAGGUGUAUCGAUCGGUUGGGCAUCACCAAUAAUUCCUCAGUUGCAAGGAGCGAACACUCCAGUUGGAACAAAACCAAUGACGCAAGAUCAGAUAUCCUGGCUCACAUCAAUUUUCUUCAUAGCAGCAUUAGUUGUAUCUCCACUGUGUGGCCCGUUGUCAGAUAAAUUUGGGCGGAAAAUCCUCGGAUGUGCGAUAGUAAUUCCCCAGACAUUGAGUUGGAUUCUCACACUAAUUGCUUAAGAUUUUGCCUGCCUUUUUGCUGCCAGAAUUUUCACCAGCGUAGCAAGCAGCAUGACAAUCUUUCUCGUCCCCAUCUAUGUAGCUGAAAUCGCGAGUGAUGACGUUAGAGGAAAACUCGGGAGUGUUCUGCCAUUUGCAUUGAGCGUGGGAAUUCUCCUGGCCUUUAUUCUCGGAGACGCAAUGUCUUAUCAGAUGUUCGCUGUAUGCGGGAUGAUCCUGCCGAUUGCAUUCGUCAGCGGAUUCGUAUUCAUGCCGGAGACGCCGAUCUAUCCUUUGAGAAAACGUGGUAUCGAAGCAGCUACAAGAUCCCUGAGGUGGCUUAGACAUAAUGAUGAAGCGACCGUCGAGCGAGAACUUGCUUCAUUGAAGAUAUUCAUUGAAGAAGAUUCGCGAUCUGUUAAAUCUGUAUCUAAUGGGAAUUCAAUUGUGAAUCUUCCGGCAUUGUUGGUUGGACUAUCAUAUGGCUGGACAUCGACGAUGAUUCCAGAUCUGCAGGUUGAAAAGACGUCAGUACUGACAGAACCCAUAACUGAGGAUCAAGCCUCCUGGUUGGUCGCUGCAUUGGGUUUCGGACCUCUGCUCGUCAUUCCGUUCUGCGGAAGCUUCUGCGAACGCUACGGAAGAAAAAUCACCGGUCUGGUUGGAGCUGUCCCUUAUAUCGCUUGUUGGCUAUUCAUACUUGUCGCGAACAACUUCUACCAUAUCCUAGUGGCACAAGCCUUGAACGGAAUGGCUAACGCUAUGUCCAUCUUCUUUGCUCCUAUCUACGUAGCAGAGAGUGUCAGUGACAGCAUCAGAGGACAACUUGGUUCUCUCUUUGUGUUAAACUUAAAAAUCGGUAUCGUUUGUGGCUACAUCCUGGGUACUGUGCUAUCUUACACAAUGUUCGCAGUAUGUGGACUGAUUAUACCAAUUCUGUACGUUACCGGACUCUUGGUGCUUCCCGAAACACCAGUUUAUCUAGUCAGAAAGCAAAGAAUUGAUGAAGCAAUCAGGUCCCUCAUGUGGUUCCGGGGGAAUGAUAAGUCAGCUGUGAACAUUGAACUAUCAAAACUUCAAGAAUUUCAUAAUCAGAAGACGGAGAGGGAAUCUCUAAAUACGAAAGAUUUGUUGAGAAGCCGUGGAUUCAUCAAAGGAUUCGUGACAGCUUUAACAGUGAUACUGUGUCAGCCGGCCUGUGGAAUGAGUCCUUUGCUGUCGUAUACUGUCACCAUAUUCGUAAUGGCAAAAAGUUCAGUGGAUCCCAAUCUAGCCACAAUUGUUGUUGGAGUGAUGCAAGUGAUUGGAGUUGGAAUAGCGACAUUGACGACAGAACGCGCUGGAAGACGACCACUUCUCAUGGUGUCCGCUGCAGGCGUUGCCCUGUGCAAUUUCAUUCUGGGAGUGUUUCUGUUAAUUCAGACGUGGGAUUACGACGUGUCUGCCUUCAGUUGGAUCCCACUAGUGUCAUUAUCCGUGUUUGGUGUUGUUUAUUCCAUUGGCAUGGGCGCUAUUCCGUUCAUAGUUGCCACUGAAGUUUACCAUCCACAUCUAGCGAGCACAUGUCACACCAUCAUUCUAUUCAUUAUGUUCUUAUGUACUGGGUUGAUUAUGAAAGUGUUUCCUUUGCUUGUUAAUGAAAUUGGUCUUGACAAAUGUUUCUUCAUGUUUGUGAUACCCUGUAUGUAUGUAUUCUUCUUCACGUGGUUUGUAAUUCCUGAGACUAAGGGCAAGUCUAAAAAGACUAUUCUUGAAGAGUUAAAUGGGGUGAGGGGAAAAUCUUGUGAAGAAAUUAAUGUGAAAUCUGUGAUUGUAUAAUCUUGAGGGAAUUAUACAGGAGAAGAUGCUGUGAUAUUAUCUUAUUAUUGAAUACAUAUCUUGUACUGAUAGAAUAUGCAUAAAUGAGAUCAUCUCUCAUGUGAAGAGUGAAGUUCGCGCUGAAGCAAUUAAAUAUGGACAAACAGAUAAAUCAUGAAAAGAUUGGCCUCCCACAUUUUAUUUAUUAAAAAAGUAUUCUUUCAAUAAACUUUAUCAG